AAAUAACAACGUGGCAUGUUUCAGUUUCUCACCACUUGCCAAAAGUUGAUUAGUCUCUCUUACCUUUUUCCUCUCUAUUUUGUCUUUUUCUGCAUCUGCAUGCAUCACUCUCUAUCUCUCUCCAAUUCUUCUUCUCCUAUAUAUUGCUAUAGAAAUGUUGCACACACAUUUAUAAGAUCCCAAUAUCUCCAAAAAUCCUCAAAACUUUUCAAAAAUCAACAAAACACCCCACACAUAAAGAUGAGAAAUAAUUUCGUCCCUGUAACUCUCUCCUUCCUCACAAUCAUCAUCCUCUUAACUCCAUCAACCGCAGAACCAGAACCAUCCUUUGUCUUCCCCGUCAACCAACUCCUCAACAAAACCAGCUCAUGGCUCGACUUCCCGACCAAAUUCAACCAACCCAAAAUCGAACUAACAGCCUCAACAAUCAUCGCCGCCGUACUCUCUUUCAUCGCCGCAUCGAUCUCAAGCGCCGGAGGAAUCGGCGGCGGAGGUUUAUACGUUCCGAUAAUGACAAUCGUCGCCGGACUCGAUCUGAAAACAGCGUCGAGCUUCUCAGCUUUCAUGGUCACCGGAGGAUCCAUCGCCAACGUGGGAUGCAAUCUCUUCGUGAGAAACCCUAAAGCUGGAGGCAAGACGAUGAUCGACUUCGACUUAGCUCUGCUUCUGGAGCCGUGUAUGCUUCUCGGGGUUAGUGUCGGAGUGAUUUGUAACCUCGUGUUCCCGAACUGGCUUAUAACGAGUCUCUUCGCCGUGUUUCUUGCGUGGUCGACGGUGAAGACGUUUGGGAACGGGGUGUAUUACUGGAGGUUGGAGUCGGAGAUGGUGAAGAUCAGAGAAUCGAGACGAGUUGGAGAAGAUGAUGAGGAUGAGAUUGAGAGUGUGAAGUUGCCUCUUUUGGGAGAUUAUGAGAGACCGAAGAGGUUUCCAUGGGUGAAGCUUGGUGUUCUGGUGAUUAUUUGGCUCUCUUACUUUGCUGUUUAUCUUCUUCGCGGAAACAAAUACGGCGAGGGGAUCAUAUCGAUCGAGCCAUGUGGCAUCACGUACUGGCUCCUCUCAUCAACUCAAAUACCACUCACACUCUUCUUCACUCUUUGGAUCUGCUUCAGUGACAAUGUUCAAGGCAACCAGUGUUCAGAUCACCAAGACUCGGUAAAGGACGUAGAAGAUUUGAGAUCAAAUGAUGGAGGAAGAUCAAACAAAUGUCUGUUUCCUGUAAUGGCUCUUUUAGCUGGACUUUUAGGUGGUGUUUUUGGCAUUGGAGGCGGAAUGCUCAUUAGCCCUCUCCUCCUCCAAGUCGGCAUAGCUCCCGAGGUAACUUCUGCGACAUGUUCUUUCAUGGUUCUGUUUUCAUCCACGAUGUCUGCGAUUCAAUACUUGUUACUAGGCAUGGAACAUACAGGAACCGCUAGUCUAUUCGCGAUUGUAUGUUUUGUGGCAUCACUCGUUGGACUAAUGGUGGUUCAAAAGGUUAUAACUCAGUAUGGAAGGGCUUCGAUCAUCGUGUUCUCGGUUGGUAUUGUCAUGGCGUUGAGUAUUGUUUUGAUGACAAGCUAUGGAGCUCUUGAUGUUUGGAAUGAUUUUGUCUCUGGUCGUUACAUGGGUUUUAAAUUACCUUGUUGAGACCAAUUACCAAAUAAUGUUUGGUUUCUUUGGUUAAUAGUUCAUAAUAGAUGUGUCUAUCCAUCAUGGUCUAUCAUGUUUUUCUGUUGCUUUGUGUUCUAUUUUUGUAUGAACCUAAAAUUUAAUAUUCAGAAUGCACAUCUCGUGCAUUCGAAUAUAUGGUCCAAAGAAAAAAGUUGUGUUCUAGUGUUGUAGUUUUGUAGACUGAAACUCAUAAUCAUAUCAAAUUUUAUGCAUUUCUUAAA